GGGUGGGGAAGCGACGCUUUUAAGAUGGCGGCGUCGGAGAUGCUAGAGUCAGACCUGCCACUUGCUCUCUCUCUUUUAAACAACCUCCAGGAGCAGGUGGUGGCUGUAACUUCACAAGUUCAAGCUCUGACAAAGAAAGUUCGGGCUGGAGCCUACCCUACAGACAAAGGCCUCAGCUUUCUGGAGGUGAAAGACCAAUUGUUACUCAUGUACCUCAUGGACCUUAGCUACCUGAUCCUGGACAAGGCUUCUGGAAGUUCACUUCAGGAACAUCCUGCAAUCCUGAGACUAGUGGAGAUUCGAACGGUUUUGGAAAAGCUUCGUCCUUUGGAUCAAAAACUUAAGUAUCAAAUAGACAAAUUGGUGAAAACUGCAGUGACAGGCAGCCUCAGUGAAAAUGAUCCACUUCGAUUUAAACCUCGUCCCAGCAAUAUGAUAAGCAAGUUGAGUUCUGAGGAUGAAGAUGAUGAAGAAACUGAGGAGGGACGAAGUGGGGUUUCAUUAAAGAAAGCCAUAAAAGGAGCACCCAAGAAAUAUAUUCCACCUCGUUUGGUUCCGGUGCAUUAUGAUGAAACUGAAGCUGAGCGUGAAAAGAAACUUCUGGAACGAGCCAGGAAGAGGGCCUUGAGCAGCUCUGUCAUCCGGGAACUCAAGGAGCAGUACUCGGAUGCCCCUGAAGAGAUCCGUGAUUCCCGGCAUCCCCAUGCCACUCGCCAGAGCCAGGAGGAUCAACACAGGAUCAAUUAUGAGGAGAGCAUGAUGGUGCGUUUGAGUGUCAGCAAGAGAGAGAAAGGACGGCGGAAACGAGCACAUGCUAUGAGUUCCCAGCUUCAUUCUCUCACACACUUCAGUGAUAUCAGUGCCUUGACAGGGGGAACCCCCCAUCUUGAUGAGGACCAGAAUCCCAUUAAGAAGCGAAGGAAGGUGCCUAAGAAGGGUAGGAAGAAAAAAGGUUUUCGGAGGCGGCGGUGAUUUUCUCUGUAUGUUUUUGUAUACAUAUAUCCACCCUGGGACUCUUAUGCUCCAUGGGGUUCUGCUGUUUAUAUUCAGCGGUUGUUUGCUUCAAAUACAUUUGUAGAACCAUCCUUAUUAAUAAAAUUAAAUUAAUUUUAAAAAUGAAAA